CACUAAGCGGUGUCGUUUAGUUAAAAACCAUACCACAAUGGUUUGGAUUUUGGCGAGGCCUGGCAAGCACAACGGUGCCGUUUGGUUGAAAAAGAAACAAUGUCGCGGAAUGGAAAACGACAUUGUUUGUCAGCAUCGAUUAGUGAAAGGUGAUGCCGCGGUAUUGGUGAAACGACAUCGUUGCAUGGACAAGGUUGUAGGAUUUGGCUCAAUGUCGUUUCGCCAAGUUUCUGCAAACAGGAGCGGUUUCGAUGGCACGUGAUUUUUACGCAAAGCAGAAAGAGGAGAUCAAGGCAGUUGAGACACGUGGGAUUUCACAACGGAGCAGUUGA